AUGGAUGAUUAUAAGAUUAAUUUACUAGAUGACGAGGAUGUGGCGUCGAAUCGGAGAAAUCAUAGAAAUUUUGGGAUGGUGGAGGGAGGGUGGAAAAAUGAGGUGGCUACGGCGGUGACAUGCAUGGUGACGGAGUUGGCGCCGUGUGCUGAUGCCUUCUCGUCAUCCUCGCCACCUUCUCAGCAGUGUUGCACGAAGCUGAAAGAGCAGAGGCCAUGCUUAUGUCAGUACAUGAAGAACCCUAGUCUCAAGAGUUACGUUGUUUCUCCUAACGCCCAGAAGGUUGCCACCUCUUGUGGGCUUCCCACUCCCAAGUGUUAA